AUGGUGUACAGCUGGUUCGGAGGGCUAUUCAAAGUCACCUUACUACUCAUAAAUGCGAUGGCAAUUCUUAACGAAGAACGAUUCCUAGCACGGAUCGGUUGGACAGCACAAGCACAACAAGCACAACCAGCUUUCGCGCAGCCAUACGACCCUUACACAGGCAUGGGCGGGAAUCCUCCGGAAAUAAGCAUCACAGCGAAACUCGUUAAUUUAAUAACUGCAGUGCGAACACUAAUGCGAGGUAUGUAA